CACACAGCCAAGUAUUAAAAUCAGCUCCAUAAUAAUGUGGAAUAGUGGAAAAACGCCAACACUCUUAUCAACAAAGACAGAAGGUUCUUACCUGUGAGAAGUGCGGCUGUCAUGCUCUCUGCAGUACCUCCACACAGAGGAAAGUCGCUGUGGAGCUCCAAGACCCUCAGGUUCAACUGCAGCGCUUCGAUGCUAGCAGCUAACGGCUAACAGCAUCGCGGACCAACCGCCCGACGGAGAAAGUCACCGCAGCGGUCAGAACCGAGGCAGACACGGGGUUGUUUUUAUCCUCCAGGAGCAGCUGGAAGCGACCAACAGGUGAGCCAGAAAUGCAAUUCACAGCCAGCCGGCCUUCACCUGAACAUCUGAUGCACGAGUCCAACAUCUGCUCUGAGUUCAGCCCCACAGGACAGAUCCUUCAGCUGUUCUCAGUGAGGUGAUUGAGUAAAACACCACAGAUGGUAAAUCAGGUCCGUCUGCAGUGGAACCAGCGCCGAAAAUUGGCCUUCUUCUUCGGGUCACAGGAACGAAUCAGCUGCACGGAGAGAGCACUGCCAUGAGUCUGCUGUGAUAAUGGACUGCAGCAGGAGAGACUGGAACAGAAAUCAGAGGUACGGUAACUGUGCCAGCGUGUCGGAGCCGGAGUAUGACACAGUGGAUGACCAAGAGGAAGUGCUAAGCGUGCGCAUACUUCCUGCACGGCCCAUACACGAGGAGAGAGAGUACGCAGACAGAGAUCUGCCAAGGUCAUCGUCGGCACAGAGCCUUUCAUCGCUCUCCUCUGGAAACUCCAACAGCUUUCCAAGAGAAAUUCAUCCUAAUCACACUUCAGGUCCUGCUGUAAACAGAGCCCUGAAACCCGGCAAGAGAAAGACCAGAUUGGCUAAGAGGUUACCACCUGUGCAGCCAGGAGAACAGCAAUCGUACAGGUAUUCUGCAUCCCCUCCACCGUUUACCUCAGAGUUAGUGCACCGUUUGUCUGCUCUGAAUCUCCAGGAAGCCUCCAGAAGAGAUGGAGACAGAGCAGCAAAAAGAACUGACUUCAGCCCUCAUCACCAAGGUGGUAUUCACAGCUACAUGCAGCAGGACGAAGGAGUCACAGAUUCACAGAAUGUGGACCACGGGUCCACCCUGCACUCAAAUCCGAGACAUUCUCUGGAUCUGGAGUCUCAUGACAUUGGCAGAAGGUCACAACAUAAUCUAGAAAGGGCAGCGUCUAAACGUCAUCACCACGAGUGGCCUCAGACCAAAGAGGACUUUCAACAUCUCGACUUUGUUCCGAUGGAAAAGCCUCAGCAGACCUCCUGUGAAGAAGACUGGUAUGUUGGGCCGUGUAAUCGCAUCGAUGCUGAGCACGCCUUACACCUGGUGAACAAGGACGGGGCUUUUCUGGUACGAGACUGCUCCCUCAACACCAACAGUGAGCCCUUGGUUUUGGCUGUGUAUCACGAUAAAAAGGUUUACAACGUGAAAAUUCGAUUUAUCGAGAGGAACAGCAAGUACGCCCUGGGAACAGGACAGCGAUCAAACGAUACGUUUGACUCGGUAGCAGACAUCAUUAAGUUUCACUCCAUCUUCCCCAUCACGCUCAUCAGUGGGAGAAACAUCCCUGGGAACAGAUACCCAGAGAACUGUGUGCUGACAUGUCCCAUAACUAAAUGGGACGUUGACCAGCUGCUGCAGUAACCGUGGCUGCAGAGAUCGUCUGAUAGAGCUGGUACGACGACUAGUUCAUCAUGGCCUUCUGCUGGUGGGGAAUGUGUUUUAUCAUCGUCUA